AUGUCCCUCCGCACGCCGCUCUGCGACCUGCUCGCCGUGCGCCACCCCGUGCUCCUGGCCGGCAUGGCGCGCACGUCGGGCGCUCCGCUGGCCGCCGCCGUGUCCAACGCCGGCGGGCUCGGCACCGUCGGCGGCCUGGGCUACACGCCCGCCCAGCUGGACGCCAUGCUGACCGAGCUGCGCGCGCUCCUGGCCACGCCUGACCUGCCGUUCGGCGUCGACCUGGCGCUGCCGCAGGUCGGCGGCAGCGCGCGCGCCACCAACCACGACUACACGCACGGCCAGCUCGACGAGCUGGUCGAGGUCGCCAUCCGCCACCGCGCCCGCCUGUUCGUCUCCGCCGUCGGCGUGCCGCCCGCCCGCACCAUCGCGCGCCUGCACGCCGCCGGCAUCCUCGUCAUGAACAUGGUCGGCGCCCCGCGCCACGCCCACAAGGCCCUGCGCGCCGGCGUCGACCUGCUGUGCGCCCAGGGCGGCGAGGGCGGCGGCCACACCGGCGACGUGCCCUUCUCCGUGCUGGUCCCCGCCGUCGUCGACGUCGCCCGCGCCUACACCUCGCCGCUGACCGGCCGCACGCCGCUCGUGGUCGCCGCCGGCGGCGUCAACGACGGCCGCAGCCUGGCCGCCGCGCUGAUGCUGGGCGCCGCCGGCGUGUGGGUCGGCACGCGCUUCGUCGCCAGCCACGAGAGCGGCGCCAGCCGCAUGCACAAGGACGCCCUGGUGGCCGCCGGCUUCCACGACACCAUCCGCACGCUGGUCGUGUCCGGCCGCCCGCUGCGCGUGCUGCCCAACGAGUACGUCGCCGACUGGGAGAAGCGGCCCGACGAGAUCCGCCGCCUGACCGAGAGCGGCGUCGUGCCGCUGAUGAAGGACCUCGAGGACGGGAAGGAUGUCGAUUUGCCGUUUCUGAUGGGCAGUGUGGCCGGCGCCGUCAACGAGAUCAAGCCCGCCCGCGAGAUUGUCGAGAGCAUGGUGGCCGAGGCUGCCACCAUGCUGCGUCUGGGCAGCACGUAUCUGGCCGACGGGAGCAAGCUGUAA